AUGGGUUCAUACCAGCCAAAAGCACUCGGCAAUUCUCUCCUCAAGGACUUCCCCAUUGAACCGACCUUUAGGAACUUGAAUCAUGGCUCGUUCGGGACAUACCCCAUCACCGUACUGAAGAGGUUCCGUGAACUCCAGGACAAGUUUGAAGCAAGUCCAGAUCGAUUUCUUCGUUUUGGGCUGGCAUUCUACUUGCUCGAGUCCCGCAAGGCCCUGGGCUCACUGCUGAACACGCCAGUCAACUCUACCGUGCUGGUCAAGAAUGCUACCACCGGCGUCAACACGGUGUUAAGGAACCUCGUCUACAAGCCGGGAGAUAUCAUCGUCUACUUCUCUACCGUAUAUGGCGCAGUAGAGAAGCUGAUUGCCUCUUUGGCUGAAACUACUCCUGUCCGCGCCCGUAGGAUCAAAUAUGAGUUUCCAAUCACCCAUGACGAAAUGGUGCAGCGGUUCAUGGAUACCGUGACCAAGGCACGCAGUGAAGGAUUGAAUGUUAAAAUUGCCGUAUUUGAUACCAUCGUUAGCAGUCCCGGAGUCAGACUGCCGUUCGAGAAGCUUACGGAGGUAUGCAAGAAGGAAGGCAUCCUGAGCUGCAUCGACGGUGCUCAUGGCGUGGGCCAAAUCCCUCUUGACCUGGGCAAGUUGGACCCUGACUUUUUCGUCAGCAACUGUCAUAAAUGGCUCUUCGUUCCCCGGGGAUGUGCGGUAUUCUACGUCCCAGAACGCAACCAGCAUCUCAUCCGCACAACUGUACCAACCUCUCACGGCUUCGUACCCGUGCCAGGAAUCAUGAAGACAGGCUCAGAGCUAGGCCACGAAGACGAACCCUUCUCUAAACCCAUCGAUGCAUUCUUCACCCAGUCCGAUUUCGAACUACAGUUCGAGUUCAUAGGCACAAACGACGACUUACCUUUCCUCUGCGUGCCUGAAUCUAUCAAGUACCGCCAGGAGGUAUGCGGCGGCGAAGAGAACAUCAUGCAAUACUGCCAAAACCUUGCAUUUGAGGCAGGGAACUGCGUAGCAGGCAUCUGGGGCACAGAUGUAAUUGGUGAAUUCUGCUCGUCGGGCGGUACCUUGGACGUAGCGAACGAGAAGCAGAGCGAAUUCCGCAAAUGUGCAUUUGCUAAUGUGCGGUUGCCGAUCACGCUUGUCGAUGACCAGAAUGUGCCGCAGGGGAAACUGACCAAGCCUGAAUGGCCUGUUGUUAAGAUGGUGGAUGCGGUGCCUACGUGUCGGGCGAUGGAGCAGAGGCUUGUACUGCAGCAUAAUACGAUGUCUCCGUGCUGGGUGCAUGCUGGGUCUAUUUGGACUAGACUCAGUGCUCAGGUGUACCUUGAGGUGAGUGAUUUUGAGUGGCUGGCUGGUGUUUUCAAGGGAAUCUUUGAACAAUUGGCUGUUGAAGGAGGUCUGGCGAAUUUGGAGAUCACUUCGACUGUUUAG